AUGGUGGGAAAGACUGCGAUUGGUAUUGAUCUUGGUACCACCUAUUCUUGUGUGGGUGUUUGGCAACACGGAAAAGUAGAGGUCAUCGCUAACGAUCAAGGUAACAGGACUACCCCGAGUUAUGUUGCAUUCACAGACACCGAACGGUUGAUUGGCGAUGGGGCCAAGAACCAGGUGGCAAUGAAUCCCGUAAAUACGGUGUUCGACGCUAAACGUUUGAUAGGACGUCGUUACGACGACGAGAAAACGCAAGCGGACAUUAAACAUUGGCCGUUCAAAGUGGUGAACGACUGCGGUAAGCCUAAAAUCCAAGUGGAAUUCAAAGGUGAACGGAAAGUGUUUGCGCCAGAAGAAAUUAGUUCAAUGGUGCUGAUGAAAAUGAAGGAGACGGCAGAAGCGUACUUGGGCCGUGAUGUGACGGACGCUGUAAUCACGGUGCCGGCGUACUUCAACGAUUCGCAGAGACAGGCGACCAAAGACGCGGGUGUUAUAGCUGGCCUUAACGUAAUGCGAAUAAUCAAUGAACCGACAGCUGCGGCUUUGGCUUAUGGUCUGGACAAGAACCUUAAAGGAGAGAGGAACGUGUUGAUAUUCGAUCUAGGCGGUGGAACAUUCGAUGUGUCCAUUCUGCAGAUCGACGAGGGUUCGAUAUUUGAAGUAAAAUCGACGGCGGGUGAUACGCAUUUGGGCGGUGAAGACUUCGACAACCGGCUGGUGAAUCAUUUGGCCGACGAGUUCAAGAGGAAAUGUAAAAAAGACGUACGUAGCAAUCCAAGAGCGUUGAGACGACUGAGGACAGCUGCCGAACGGGCCAAGAGAACGUUGUCGUCAAGUUCGGAGGCCACUAUAGAGAUUGAUGCUUUAAUGGAAGGUAUCGAUUUCUACACAAGGGUUUCCCGAGCUCGUUUCGAGGAGUUGUGCGCAGAUCUGUUCAGGUCGACUCUGCAACCAGUGGAAAAGGCUUUGGCGGACGCUAAAUUGGACAAGGGAGACAUACACGACGUGGUGCUUGUAGGUGGUUCGACGAGAAUUCCAAAGAUCCAGAGUCUGCUACAAAACUUCUUCUGCGGCAAACCGCUCAACCUGUCCAUCAAUCCCGACGAAGCGGUAGCCUAUGGCGCUGCAGUACAGGCGGCUAUUCUUAGCGGCGAUACGAGUUCGGCGAUUCAAGACGUGUUGCUCGUGGACGUUACUCCACUGUCCUUGGGCAUCGAGACCGCGGGUGGUGUGAUGACCAAAAUCGUCGAACGCAAUUCCACUAUUCCAUGUAAACAAACCCAAACGUUUACUACUUACGCUGACAACCAACCGGCAGUCACCAUUCAGGUGUUUGAAGGAGAAAGGGCCAUGACUAAGGACAACAAUCUAUUGGGAACAUUUGACCUGACCGGCAUACCUCCGGCCCCUAGGGGUGUACCCAAGAUCGAGGUGACUUUUGAUAUGGAUGCAAAUGGUAUUUUGAACGUUUCAGCCAAAGAUAACAGCUCUGGACGCUCCAAAAACAUCGUCAUUAAGAACGACAAGGGUCGCCUAUCUCAAGCCGAAAUCGAUCGUAUGCUUAGCGAGGCUGAGCGGUAUAAAGAAGAGGACGAACGACAAAAGGCCAAGAUCGCGGCCAAAAAUCAGUUAGAAAGCUAUGUGUUUAGUGUUAAACAAGCUUUAGACGAGGCCGGCGACAAGUUAACCGAAUCUGAAAAGAACACCGGAAAACAGGAAUGCGACGCUGUGGUUCAGUGGUUGGAUAACAAUCAAUUAGCAGACAAAGACGAAUACGAGUACAAAUUAAAAGAAAUUCAAAAGAGCUGCUCAGCUUUAAUGAUGAAGAUCCACGGUGCGGGACAACCCGGUAGCGCACCUUCUGGUGCUCAUGGUUUCCCGGGUUCAAGAGGAGGAGGACCUACCGUAGAAGAAGUAGAUUAA